AUGGCUACGGAACAACAAGGCAAGUUUGAGGUAGAUGAAGCGGCAAUCCAGCGCACCGUGGAAGGUCUCAAGGGAAGGAAUGUCGACGCCGUGGUGGCGGAAAAUGGGGUCGAAGCCAGGCAAAUCCUGAUAGAUAUGAUUCCUGAUGGGGCAGAGGUGUUCAAGAGCACUUCCGAAACCCUGGAUACCAUAGGUUACUCAGACUACAUUCGGGAAACUGACCGCUACAAGAACCUUUCAUUGGAAAUCUCGGAGGAGCCGGACCGUGAGCGGCAACGGGAAUUGCGUCGCCUGGCCGGGGUGGCCGAAUAUUUCGUGGGCAGCGUCCACGCAAUUGCCGAGACUGGGGAAGUGCUGGUCGCCAGUGGCUCAGGAAGCCAGUUGGGGGCCUACGUCUUUGACGCCAAGAAUGUGAUUUGGGUGGCGGGAGUACAGAAAAUCUGUCCCACUCUUGAUGAUGCAAUGGCCAGGAUAAGGGGUUUUUCGGUGGAACGGCACCACGAGUGGGCGGUUGCCCAGGGCCGCGCUGCAGCUCCCAUGGGAAAGUUGAUGAUUUUCGAGAAUGAACAGAAUGUGAAUCGUAUCAAGAUGGUGUUAAUUAAGGAGUCGUUGGGGUGGUAA